AUGGAAUCACCACUCCCCCAGAAAUACUUCCAGAUCCAAAUUCAAGAUGACUUGAAGUAUGAUGUCCGCAUUGAAAACGCAGAACUUGAAAACGGCAAAUUCUACAACGAGGAUGAUCCAAGUGACAUCCUAAAAAAUGACGAUGUCGACGACAUGGUUAUUCGCCACAACGGAGGGAUCCGGACGAUCUGCUCCAUGGACGGCUCUCGAGGACAUCUCGAUCUUGUUGACGAUGUGCGGGAUGCGAAGAUUUGCAGUCUAGCCUGGAAAGCCUCUACACAAUUUGCAGCUCCUAACGAGAUCAAGAAACUCGAUCAGGAUGAGCGGUAUGUGGUUGAUAUUGGGAACUGGCAUGAGACUGUGACUACUGGACGGGUCCCUGUUACGGUGAAGGAACAGGAUUGA